CGUGAAGGAGGAGCAGCAGCAUCAGAACUGCACCAGGCCGAGGCGGGCCACCUAAGGCUGCGAUGACACCUCUACCCACCCACACAAAGACACACACCACUUACCACUCACCACCAAUACAAUCACCAAUACAACCACUACCACCACUUCGCCGUCGCUACUUCUCUUCUACCGGCUUCUCCGCCAUAAGCCCUCAUCACCAUCAUCGUCACUCUCCUCGUAUUGUCCCAUUACUACCCAUCAUCUCCGAUAACCCAUGCCUGUCAAUGUCUCACUGGUCACGCUGAGCAAUGUCUCAGUUCUAUUCUUCUUUUAUCCUUCUUCUCGAGCUCGCCACUCGAUCAAGACUCAUACAGGUAGGUAGGCAGUAUAAGUAAUUCGGCCUUCAUCCACCGGUAAGCUUCGUCUUGUUGCUAUAGCCAUCAUACAAAACAAAGACAUUAAACAGCCACUCGUUCUUCACAAUCUCAUCUUGAUUGAUCUCUCAAGCACGUUCGCUACCCAAUCUCCCAACACUCGCUUGACUCAUCUGAAUCUUCCUACAACUCACAUCUCAUUCGUUUGUUCCUAAUCAAAAUGCACAAGUCAUUACCUUUGCUUCUUGCUGCCCUGGCAGGCACCACUCUGGCAAUGCCUACUGGCCAACACUAUACCAAUGGAACUACAACUUCGUGUACCACAUCUACCACGUCCGAGUCAACAACAUCAGAAUCAUCUACUUCAUCGUCAAUCUCCACUACUUCUCUAUACACCACCUCGUGUACUACAACUACAGCAAGCACUACAACCACAGACUCUACCAGCCUCCCAUCAACAACAACCUCUCACCGACACACAUGGAACUGGCCUUCGUCCACGUCUUCUUCCUCCACAACUAUAAAGCCAACGACAAAGCCUACCACCAAGACAACAAGUACAUCUGUCUCGUCAACAACAGCCAAGCCCACCGAGAUCUGGACUACCUUCACCACCACCGAAUGGAUCACUCGAACUCGGUUCGUGCCAUGCUCGUCGGUGAUUUCCACUCAUGGUCCAAAGACAUUCUACUCCACUUGGCUGACCACGGAAUAUCACACCACAACCACAUGCUAUCCAGUCACAACACAUUACCCACGACCACCGCCACCACCUCCCGUCCCAACCACAAAGACCACCAUCAAGGUUCCGCCGCCUCCUCCGGCCCCAAUCACCAGUUGCCCGCCUGCUCCCACCAAGACCGUCACUGUCACCGUCACUAAACCGGCUCCAUCAGGAGGCCCUGGCGGAGGAGUCUACUAUCCACCAAACGAAUGCCACAAGUGCCAGACCAUCACCUACGUUGAUGUCUGGGGAUACGUGGUGACUAUUGCAAUCCCUAACAAGCCAACUCCUCCACCCAAACCUACUACUGCCUCCACAACCACCACUACUACAACCACCCGCAGCGUGACCACCUCGACGACCAAGUCGGUUCCUUCUACAUCAACUUCUACUACUACUACCGCAACUUGGACUAAAAAGCCUCACCCUCAUCAAACCAGUUCCACCUCCACCUCGGACUCUAGUUCCUCGACUUCGUCCACCUCCACCAGCACUUCCACCACUCUACUCCCCACUUCUUCAUCUUCUUCUUCCUCCUCUUCCACCACCACCACAACUGAGCCCACCACUCUCUCAACUACCACAACACCUCCCGUUCCCACCACCACCACCACUACAACUACCACCAUCGAGCCUGAAACCACUACAACCACCACGAGUGCCCCCAGUACUGAGACCACAGAACCGUGAAUGAGCCUUGUGCUAUUAUCACCCCUUCUCACAUGUAAGGGAGGUUCUAUCUCUUCAGGGCCAUAACAGUUUGGAGGACUUGUGUCGAUCAUGGCAUUGUAUCAUAUUGGACGGACAUGACACAUGGGAAAUGUUGGAAUCUGGUUUAUGGUUUUGGUAUGAAAUGUAUAUUAUUGCAUGGUAUGGCAUUGCAUGGCGAGGGAAUGGGCAUUGGCAUUGGCAUAGGUAUAUAAUCACGGAGAAUCUCUGAAUAACCUAAUUAGGCAUAUGCGGAGUUGGUAUUUUGUUGCAACUCUGCUUGUGGAUUCGUAUACUAUACUACCUCGAUAUAUGUGUAUACAAAGAGUUGUGCUGUGUUGUGAAGAGCUGCACACUGUCACCAUAAGUAAAAACUCGGUAAUCAUGGCUUCUCUCCCUGUGAGUGUCCUACUUAGUAUUAUACCCAUCCACCUAUACGCUACUCCACGUACCCAAAAAGUCACUGGAAGGAUACCUGAUUCGACAGACAUGGAUCAAUACAAAUAAAUCAAUGCAUCCAAAAAGACACCUCCAUGCUCGAGCCACACCCCUUAUCUCCAUCUCCAUGUCCAAUUGCAUCCAAACGCCAGUCCUCAUGGAUGGUAUCGCACCACAGUCCAACCCUCUCUUGAUGGAAAGCCCAUUUGCUCCGCUUCUACAAGCUUCCAGUUGUGAUUCCUUCCAGACCUCCACCUUGUCAGUCGUCGUGCCUGACUUGGCCAUGAACUCGGGUCUUGAGUCAAGUCGUUCUCAUCUCCAAGACCCAAAUUCACCAAACUGUACCGUCCAAAUUCCCCGCGGGUGAAAGGACCAGAGUGAGAGACCACCCCUCUCCAACCUGGCCCAUUCGACUAUGCAGCUUGUUUACUUACAUGCACACCAUGAACAGAGUAUAGUAUAUCACAUCAGUCCGCCAUUACUAUUGCUAUACGACUGGUUCAUGCAGUCAGUCAUCCAUGACGAUAUUGAUCCAUCAUCUCACCAUCCGUCUUGGUGAUCCAGGCUUAUGCAUCCAAUAUCGAUAAAGGCCAGGCCAUGGGCCAGAUCCAUCACCAUCACCUCUGUUAGAAAACGACACCACAAGCCACAGAUUUGAUCUGCUGACUUAGUUUGGGUUGGGUUGUAAAUUGAUAAAGGCAGCUGGACCGCCAUCUUGACUCAACCCAUCAAUCAAGACCUCGGCUUGUUUCCAUGCAUUCUCCAAAGCAGCAGAUGGAGAUCGUCCUAAUGACACUGUUGCCAUGAAUCAGUAUCCAAUAUCACACAUCAAACCAGGUGUCAUUAACUUACCUAGAAUCGCAGAAUUCAGUUCCUCGGCCACAAUGGUGCGACCAACUGGAUCCAAAAGGUGUCCGUGGACACUUCCUUUGGGGUCGUUGUACGCCACCAGGCUAAAGAUCUCUUGCAGAGUUCGUGCAUAUUCGCCGUCCUCAUCGCGAUACUCGCGCUGCAAUUCUUGGCCAUAAAGCAUGGCUUCGGUAAUGAGCUGGUCGUAUUCGACAAAGUUCUCGGGCUCGGCCUCGGUCUUUGUAGCACUGCCAUUGGUCUGUGAUCCUCCACCAUGCUCGUCAAGCUCCAUGUCUUGAACGAAUUCAUCGUCUGCGGCUGCUGCUGUCGCUUUUCCGUGCCCGUUGCUUGCAGUAUGUCCAUCUCCCGCUUCGGCGCCCUGGUUGAUCUCAGUCGUCUUACUGAUCAUCUCAACCCACUUUCGGCAUUUCAAUCGAAACACAAUAUCUGGGUUGUCGACUAAAACACUGGGGAAAUUUGUCUGCGUGACUUCGAGUGCCUGGUUGAUAUCACCUGACAGGAUGGCUCGUCGAAUUUCUACAAUGGUCAAUCGCGCUUGAGAAGAUGUGGGAGGGGAGACUUACUCUGACGAUAAACGGCAUCAGUGUCGUCCGUUUCGGGUACCGUUGGGGCAGUCAAUGGUAGAGCGUUGUCAAGAAAACCUUUUUCUCGUCGGAUUUCUUCGGCAAAAGCUUUUGCCGUCUCUACGUAGCCAUCAUGGGCCAGAAACUGAGCGACGAGCUCUUGGAUCAGACUGCUUUCGUCUCGAGGAGGUCGGAGUUGCGACGUCUUGGCCUUUGAAACCUCACGCAUUACAGUCUCUCUCUCUGUGUCCAUCCUUUCGUCAAUGUCAAAAACAUGACGCUGUCGACCAAAAUUGGCCGUCACCGAGGAGCCCGAAUUCUUCUUCAUACCCACUGUGGGAUAAUAUCGGACAUCUUUCUUGAGAUCUCGAAAACAGAUCCCAAGGUCUUGGCCAUUCAGGGUAAAAAAGGCCUGACCUGUAUUGAAAUUGAUCCCACAGCCAACGACAUCAUUGUGGCCAAAUGUCGGGCCAUAGGUUCGUCCCGAUUGCUCGCCAAAGAACAUUUUCCCAUCAUCGCCAUGAUAGCCCCAGGAGGAGGACUCCCACCCUGGAAGUCGCUCAAGCGAUGCUUCUGCGGUAGAGAAGCCCACUGCAACCGCACAAUCCUUAGUUUUGUAACCCAGUAAGACCUCGAAAUAGUAAAUGCCGCACGCAGGCGACAUGGGGAAGUCGGCGCGCACUGAAGCUGCUUCGAUGUCGGCCUUGCUCGCAGAUCCGUUAUACUUCAAUGUCAUACCACGGUGAUCGAUAUCCAAGCCUGGGUACUUGUCCUGUU